GAUUUGGGGGGGGUUGGACUAGAUGACCUACAGUACGAGGUCCCUUCUUCCAACUCUUGUCAAUCCGUUCAAAAAGAUGAUCCCCUUCACAAACGUGGCAAGGAAGGUGCGUAAAAUGGAGCAAAACCCUCUUUUAACCCACGUCUCGCUUAGCAACGGAAAUGUAGGUCGUAAAUCGAGGACCCCCUGGAUGGAUGAAGGGCAGAAAGCGCGUUCUCGGUUCCCGAGGGAGAGAAAGGGUUAAAUGGGCGUGGCCUAAGGGAGGGGAGGGGCGGUGCGGUGCGCUCCGAGGGAAGCCUUGACCUUCUGCAACCCGAUCGCUGCGCCGUGGCCAGCGCCGUGCCGGGGGCGCCCGCGAGCACCUCGUGACUUGGCAGCAUUUUCGGGGCCUUUUGCAACGCCCCAGCCUGGCUGGGACCCUCCGCAUUUGGAUCCCAGCUUCGGAGAGGAGGGAGGGCGUCCCGAUCAGCCGCUCCCCACGCUCCCUCGGCCGGCCGAUUCGCCUUUGCGACCUUGCAGCUUUCCUGCCUGCAAGGCCGCCCACCCGGCUGCCAGGCGAGAUGAUGGCUGAGACUCCGGGAGACUCCGUGAAGAUGUUCCUCUUCAACAAAAAAAGGGACGUCACUUACCGCAUCCCUGCUCUGAUCUACAGGCCUGUGGAGACCACCUUCCUGGCUUUUGUGGAGGAGCGCUCCUCACCCCGGGACGAGCACGCCAAGGGCUUGGUGAUGCGACGUGGAUUCAAAGAGGGCCUGUCCGUUAAGUGGGGCCCUUUCGUCCCUUUGAAGACAGCUGGACUGCCCAACCAUCGCACCAUGAACCCGUGCCCGGUUUACGACGAGAAGAACGACGUCAUCUUCCUCUUCUUCAUCUGCGUCAAGGGUGGCAUUUCGGAAUGGCAUCAGAUUAGGACGGGGAGAAACGCCGCCCGGCUGGGCUACAUCGCCAGCCAAGAUGGCAGCCGCACCUGGAGCUCAAUGACCGAUCUGACCGAGCGGGUGAUGGGUGACGACGAGGUGAAGAAGUGGGCAACCUUUGCCGUGGGACCAGGCCACGGGGUGCAGCUGAGUUCGGGACGCCUGGUGAUCCCAGCUUACGCCUACUACGUCCACAAGGCGUGGUUUGGGUACUCCUUCCCGUGGUGGAUCAAACCCCAUUGCUUCAGCUUCUACAGUGAUGACGGGGGUCGAACCUGGGCUCGGAGCGAGCUCCUCAAAGCCUUGAAGACCACCGAGUGCCAGAUGGCCGAGGUGACCUGCGAGGACAACAGGCAGGUGUUAUAUUGCAAUGCCCGAAGUUUGCACAAAUUCCGAGCCGAGGCCUACAGUGUGGACGACGGACACCGGUUUCCAGAUCACGCCCUUUGCAAACAGUUGUGUGAACUGCCCUUUGGGUGUCAAGGAAGCGUUGUGAGUUUCUUUCCCUCAGAUCCGGGCCAAAAGAAGGACGUAAACGAGUCAACAUCUCAGACGGACGCGUCUCCAUCGUCUGCUUCACCUAAGUCAUGGUUGAUGUUCUCCCAUCCCACCAGCAGGACGAAGCGGAUGGAUCUGGGGAUCUACCUGAAUCCUUCCCCAAUGGAGCAGAGCAGGUGGACGUCUCCUUGGGUCUUAAAUAAAGGACCCAGUGGGUACUCGGAUUUGGCUGUUUGUGAAGACGGGGAAUCGCUCGCGUUCGGUUGCUUGUUUGAGUGUGGAGAGUCCAAGGAAUACGAGUACAUCGCGUUUCACCUCUUCUCUUACGAUGAGCUUCUGAGAAACGUGAAAAUGUGAGGGACAGUCAGUCUGAGGCUAUGUCUCCCUUGACAAAGGAGCUCCCCAAAUUUUUAUUUAUUUUAUUAGUCAUAUUUCUAUGCCACCCACUCUCCAAGGACUCUGGGCGGCUUACACCAAAGACAGUAUACUAAAUAGCAUAUUGCCCCCAACAAUCUGGGUCCUCAUUGUACCCACCUCGGAAGGAUGGAAGGCUGAGUCAACCUUGAGCCGGUGAGAUUUGAUCCGCUGAUCGGCUGAACUAGCAGUCAGCUGAAGUAGCUGCAGUACUGCACCCUAACCACUGCGCCACCUCGGCUCCAACCAAAUUCUGAGUUGGUUCUGUACUUGGCAUCGGAUUGUGAAGUUCCUACAGGCUGUUUUUCGUGUCAUAUCUUGUGUAUUAAGCUGCUGGCUUUUAAUUAUAACAAUCACAGAGUUGGCAAGGAUCUUGGACAGUGAUGGCUAACCUUUUUGCCAUCGCGUGCCAAAGGCUGGGGAAGUGCGGGGGAGUCAUGUGCGCACGCAUGCCCACACCCAUAAUUCUAUGCGCCCCCCCAAUGCAUGCACGUGCGAUCCCAUGCUCCCACCCACUUUUGGCAUGUGACAGCAUGAUGGGCACGGUAGGCCCGUUUUUUGGCCUCCCCAGGCUACAGAGGCUUUCUAGGAGCCUGGGGAGGACGAAAAAAGGGAAUUUCCCUUUACCUUGGACAGUUUAUUUUUAGCCUGAUUCCCCUUAUCUUAAUGGCUCUACUUAAGUGUUUCUGUGGUCAGCUUCUAUUACUUUUGUAACAGCCCUUAGCAGGCUGCUCUGGGUUUUCCUUUCAGCUGGUGCUUCUUGGUUUUCUUAAAGGGGAAGGGCUGGCUUAAGUCUUUUGGCACUGCUUUAGUGGUUCCUGGUACUGUCCUUUGGGGUGCACUUCCCACAGGCUGUAUGGGACUCACCCUUUGACUAUCAGAAUUGCUGUAAGAUUGUAAUCGGGGUCUUGGCAGCUUUCCAAGCCAGGCUCCUUAUAUCUUGGUACCAAAAUAAAAGUAUAUUCUUGUAUCACA